AUGGCUCUGACUGGAGCACAUGCUGCUGCAAUAGCGGUAGCGGUUAUACUUUUAUUCGUUGUACUUGGCUAUCCAUUAUAUAUCGUGUUGCGAGAAAACAGAAGACUACGCCGCCUUCGUACACAGAUGGACAUAGGAGAACCAGGCAGCGAUAUUAAUCCCAGUUUCAGGCGUUCAAUCCAAGCUAAAACAUUUCAUCAAUGGAUUGAAGAUACAAGGCGAGAAGGCCGAUUGGUGGCAGACGACGAAAUCUGGUAA